CGCAUUCAUCAUUCCUGAAUCAAUUCUCUUCCAGGCUGCAAACUCAGGUCGUCAAAUCGAGUCGUCCGGACAACGGACGGCAUUAUUAGGUCGAUACAAGGCGUUCCACGUGCACACCCUUUUCCCACUCGCGAAAACAUGUCCCAGCCGUUGGUUCCGACCGUCACCGAGAACAAGCUGAACGAGCUCAAUAAAAAGAUCGUCGAGAUCAAGAAGAAAAUCCAGUUGUCAGAGGGCCAAAGAAAGGCCAACUUCGAGGAGCAUGACGCGAAGAAGCGCGAGAACGCUCAGAAAAUCUCUGAUCUCAAGAGGAAAGUCAAGGAACUCUACGUGAAAUACGCAAAGGCGAAAAAUAAUGAAGAGGCCACGGAACGCGCGGCGUUGCUCAGCCGCGACUCCACAGCUUGCGCGACGAAACGCAAUCUGGAGGAGAUUAUAGUCACGGCAAGCGAGGACAAUGUGCGUCUAAGGAAGAAACUAGACCUAAUUAAAUACGACAGAGAGAAGCAUGAACACACGUUGAACGUUUUACGAACGGAGAGCAAAGAGUUGACGCGUAGGCACGGACAUUGCGUGUUCAAGAAGAAGUUGGACAACCCUAUGAAGAAGAGGAUCGAGAGCCUGGAGGUUCAACUGGAGCACAUCCGAAUGAUGCAGAUCAAGGCGAACAUCUCGCGCAUGAAGUACCGCUCGGUCUGCUCCGAGCUGAAGGAGAAAUCGGUCCUUUACGCCUCGUCGCUGAAGGACCUGGAGGACGGCAUAAGGCGACAGGAGAGCGAGAUCAAGCGCUUACAGGCAAGAUCGCGAGCAGAGUAACGGCUGAUGAC